UCAUUUAAUAGCCAUCUCAAGAGCUCGGAAGCGGUGAUUAUUAUGAAGACACUCUUAAUGGCGAACCAAACCAACCAAAGUACUCGACUGCAGUGAAUAUAUUGGACCCAAACGAACAAAUCAUUCCCGAUCUCAACAAUAAUGAUGAUACCAAAUCUCAAACUGACCAAGGCUCGAUUGGCGAACAAACUAAACAUGAAGUUAAAUUGCCGCCAAUUCCGGAACCAAAUUAUAUCACAAUUAAAGGAGAGAAAGGCGAGAGAGGGGACAGAGGAGAGACUGGAGAGACGGGAGAGCGAGGAGAGAGGGGCCAAAAGGGCGAGUGUGAGUACAGGGAAACCAUUCAAACCAUAUACGAGACACAGACAUCGGCUCCGGUCGUAAACCAAUGCGCUUGUAAUGUAUCGGAGAUCAUAUCCAGCCACCAGAUUAAGGGUCCCAAAGGAGAUGUCGGACCCGUCGGACCUCCAGGUCCUCCAGGUCCGCCGGGAAGGGGCUCUACAUUUGAUUCAGAUAUGUCUCCGGGAUAUUUCGGUUCUCCCGGCACCGGCUCUUCAUUCGCGUAUUUACCCCGAAUGGGAGACCCGGGUUCGCCCGGUCCUCGCGGUCUACCAGGACUUAAAGGCGACAGAGGCGAUUUGGGCCCAAAAGGCCACAGAGGUUUGCGCGGCAAAAAAGGCAAAGAUGGUUUCCCGGGUCCGCCCGGACCACUCGGGCCUCCCGGAGAGAUUGGAUUUCCGGGUAUUGCCGGUCCAAAGGGUGACCGUGGUGCGAUGGGAGUCCCGGGAACACCAGGAGUUCCCGGCCUUCCGGGUCCACCCGGUCCUCCUGGAGAAUCGCCAAUCGAUUGGUACGACAACAGCAUUAGUGCCUCAAGAGCCUAUCGAGGGAUUAAAGGCACGGCAUCGCUGUCGAGACAAACAGUCUACGUUGACGGCCCACCCGGUCCUCCCGGACCACCCGGAGAUAAAGGUGAUGCGGGACACACAGCCACCACAUCAACUGCCAAUCACUUAAUAGUUCCCGGCGCGGUUACGUUUAAAAACAUGGACUCACUGUUGAAGAUAUCGGCCAACAAUCCGUUGGGAACUCUGGCCUUCAUUAUCGACGACCAGUCGCUACUCAUUAAAGUGAACGGCGGCUGGCAAUACGUGUCGUUAGGAUCUUUGGUUCAAACACCGCAAGCAUCGGAACUGAACGAGAUAACAACAGAGGCGACGACUACAGCCCCUGUCGUACAUCCGGGCCUCGAAACCAAUUUGGCCGAAAAGACAUCGUUUCGACAUCACAGCCAUAGAAAGCUAAGGAUGGCUGCACUCAACACACCGUUUUCGGGUGACUUUCACGGCAUACGCGGCGCUGACUACGAGUGCUAUCGACAGUCUCGUAGGGCUAAUAUGAGGGGCACUUUCCGGGCGUUUGUCGCCUCAAAAGUGCAAAACUUGGACUCAAUUGUGCGCUACAAAGACUCUAAGCUACCGAUUGUUAACAUUAAGGGUGAAAUAUUGUUCAAUUCGUGGAAGGACUUAUUUACAGGAGCCGGGGCUCCCUUCCCAUUCCCGCCCAAAAUUUAUAGCUUUGACGGCAGGAAUGUGUUGCCCCAGAAGUUGGUGUGGCACGGGGCCGACCGGUCCGGGGUCCGCAAUAGCGAGGCCUACUGCGACGCCUGGAACAGCAACAACAUGAGCAAGGUCGGUUUGGCCAGCUCUCUACUUAGGGGCAAACUCCUCGAUCAGGAGAAGUACUCGUGUAAUAACCAGUUUAUUGUGCUCUGCAUUGAGACCACCAGUCCUGAGGACAGGCAGAAGAGACACGUCGUCGACGAUAGUAAUGAUUAUAAUUGA